UUUUUGGAGCUGACUAGCUACCGAACGGCGGCCCCUACUGACAACCAGCAGGUUAAAUAAGAGGAUAAAGCCAUGGCGUCCACAACAAUCUCAACAUCCUCAAGAUUUACAUCCGCUUGAAAUUUAAGAAUCUCGGCGUCUUUACUCAAGAAAAGAGACUUUAUUUUUUAGCUGAACUAAAAAGCUCUGAAGAUGUUCUGACUCCGCUUUAACUUCUUAGCCCUAGCAACCUGGCUAAUAGGUGACUCGCUAGCAUGAUGCUACGUCUGCGUUCACCUCUUUACUAAACAAUGACGUUGCUUCUUAGUUAGACCUACGGGAUUAAACCUUAUCUCUCGCCUUUAUACAUUUCGGGUGCUAAAUGUUGUCGUUAAAAUCUUUUUUGUUUUGUUUUGUGAAGAACAGUUGCGGAACCUGGGCUAGGUGGGUGCUAUGUUGUUAGCCACCUAGCUAACCAGCUAACAGCAUCCUUCGCUUCCGUGUCGCCAUCAAACCGGAAGUUUGAAGAAAGAAAUAAAACAUAAAUUCAGAUCAAGAGCCUGUGACCACUGUAACACUUCUAUCUGAAGAUUUUCCACUCAUGCCUCAUUGACUGUUGUCUUUGACUUUUUAGUUGUAGUUAUAAUCACAAUGACCUCAUCCUGAGUAUGAUGGAGAUAUAUGACCUUUACUUAAAGUGAGACGAGAACAAGUGCUGAAUACAAGAACAUUUUUCGGCACGACGAUGCCCCGGUGCACAAAGCCGUCAUGUUAAAGUUGAUAAAGAACUUUACAAAGCCCCGAUUCUGAAUCAACCCCACUGGGAUGAACUGGAGUCUUCUCAUCAUCCUGACACCAGUGUCUGUUCUUUACUAAUGCUCUUGUAGCUGAAGGAACACAAACCUCCACACAGCCACAAUCCAGCAUCUAGUGGAAAUUUUCCCAGAAGAGUAAUGAAGAGUGGAGUUUAAUUUAACAGCGAAGACAAAAGGGUCAUUUUUUGUUGGUAAUUAGCUAAAAGUGCCGAGAAACACUGGUGUGGGUCACGGGCGAGCCGUGGCGCGUUACGCGUGCAGCCAAGAGCGCUCAGAUCCGAGUCGGAGAAUGCGGAGUCAGCUGUGAAUCUACCCGCUUGUUUCCUGUUCCCAUAAUGGCAUGGCGACGGUGUCCAUCAGAGGCGUGUAUUUCAUCCUCACGCUCUUCCUGAGCAGUUUUUUUGGCAGUGUGUUCAUGUUGGGUCCGGCGCUGCCCUUCAUGCUGCUGUCUCCGGCCUGGUACCGCUGGCUUACAGACCGCAUCGUGGCCACCUGGCUCACACUGCCUGUGGCUCUGUUGGAGCUGGUGUUUGGGGUGAAGGUGAUCAUCACGGGUGACGGGUUUGUUCCCGGGGAGCGCAGCGUGAUCAUCAUGAACCAUCGCACGCGUCUGGACUGGAUGUUUCUCUGGUGCUGCCUGCUGAGGCACAGCUACCUGCGUCUGGAGAAGAUCUGCCUCAAAGCGACUCUGAAAGCCGUGCCUGGUUUUGGCUGGGCGAUGCAGGUAGCUUCAUUCAUCUUCAUCCAUCGCAAGUGGGAGGAGGAUCAGAAUCAUCUUGCCAAUAUGCUGGAGUACUUCUGUGAUAUUAGGCAACCACUGCAGCUACUGAUUUUUCCUGAGGGCACUGACCUCACGGAUAACACUCGCGCCAGAAGUGACGAGUACGCGGAGAAGAACGGCCUGCCAAAGUAUGAGUACGUCCUGCACCCACGCACCACCGGCUUCACCUUCAUAGUGGAACAACUCCGCAAAGGGGACAAUCUGGACGCGCUGCAUGACAUCACCGUUGCAUACCCUCACAGCGCCCCUCAGACAGAGCGCCACCUGCUGGCCGGCACCUUCCCGCGCCAGAUCCACUUUCACGUCCGUCGUUACCCGGUGUCCUCUCUGCCCGAGGAUACCACCGCCCUCCAGACCUGGUGCCAGGAGCGCUGGAUGGAGAAAGAAAAGCGCCUGCGCUCCUUUUACAGCUCUGAGCGCUUCGACAAAGCCGAUGCCCGCGUCCCACCCUGCAAGAGUGAGCUGAGAGUGGCGGUGAUCAAAGCCGUGUCGCUGUGCUACUGGAACGCCUUCAUCGCCUUUUGCUUUCUGGGACUCUGGCUCUGGAUGCCUUUGCGUAUCUAUUUCCUGGUGGUGCUGAUUUUCUUCCUGGUUCAGCAAAAAGUCAUGGGUGGGGUCGAGAUGAUCGAGCUGGCGUGUCAUCAACGCCUGAAAAGAACGAAUGAUAUGCCAGGAAGAAAGAGAGACUGAGAUAUCUCUCUUUCUCUCUCUCCCCCUCUCUCUCUCUCUCUCUCUCUCUCUCUCUCUGUCUCUUUUUUUUAUUGUGCAGGAAGUGGAGCCCCCUUCUGGACUCAAGUGUGUACUGCAUAGUGAACACAACAGCUGGGAAGAAAGGGAGUGAUAAAGGAGUGUGCAUGAUUCCUCGCUGCCUGAAACAGGAAAAACUUAAUCUACAGUGCUGGAAACGUAUCAUUUUACAAUUUUCACUGUGUAUGAGGAAUGUGUGUGUGUGUGUGUGUGCGCACGCACAUUUUUAUCCACUUGUGUUUCUCCCAUGUCUCACACAUUUAUUUUUCAAUUUAUGUGCUGACAUAUUUAUUUUGAUUACCUUGGAGUUUUUUUUUUUGCAACUUUUUUAAAAGCUCAUUUCUUAUUUUUCUUUUUUAUCGAUUAGCUUUAAAGUUCUGAACUCAUAGCACAAAGCUAGCACCGAUAUUCGUCGGUGUCUCCUUGAUGUAGCCAACCAAAUUAAGGUGAAGUUAAGGGGGAAAAAAGCACUUAUAGUUAAAUAUAUGCCUAUUUUCAGGAAAGAAUGUAACGAUGCUCAUCUCUGGCUGCGUCCCAAACGUCAAGAUUAAACGGUGGAGGGUGAACGGCUUUAAAAGCUUUUUGCACGAAACCAAAACGUCGCCGUUCGGAGAAGAACAGUUUUUCAGCUCCUUCUCCAAGUACUACCUUAGUUAGUAGUUAAGAAAUGUUCUGUGAAGAACAGCACCCAGGACAGCUUUAUAUACAAAUCUGCCUUAACCUCUUAUAUAUAUAUAUAUAUAUAAGAUGGUUGCUAUAGAAUCUACAGAUAAAUAAAUAACACACAGCCGUGUAUUUGCACGUAGAUGCAUUGUGGACUGGUUUGUAAUUUACAUAAGGUCUGUAGCAUCAUUCGGGGGCGGAAAUGGCUCCGUCCCAAAUGACUCCUCUGUUUUUUUUGCAUGCAUGAGGUAGGGCUUAGGAUUUGGGUUUUGGUAGCUUAGUCCAAAAUGGUGCAUAAAGAAUGCAUGGAACAUUGGUUUACUCAUAGAACCUAUGACUAGUUCACUAGUGCCCUUAUUAAAGGAAUUCAGAUCAUGUGAAGUUGUAGAAAUAAGGGAGCGUUCAUAUAUCGUCUUGUUGCCCUAGCAAAAAAAAAAAGUAUAUAUAUAAU